GCGAGAGAAUUCGAUGAAAAAUAAAAGUAACCUGGUUUAUGUAUGCAUAAAUGCUGCUAUUUGGUGAAACACGUGGUUUUCCGUGUUAUUAUUUUCAAAUAGUACAUAUUAAAAUGAAAAUUUAUAUGUAAAGAGUUUAUUUGAAAAAUGUCUAUGAUGUUUAAACGAGUUUUUUGUGAUAAGAUUCUUUUAAAACUAUCAGGCUUAUAUCGUUUCAAUUGUAUUAAUAAAUUUUCUCAAAAAAUUCCAAAUGAUCAAGAAACUAUUUUAAAUAACGGGAUAAUAACUACUGAAAAAAAAUACAAUGAUUCAAACAAUACUUCUAAUGAGGAAGAACUUAAGCGUCUCCUUAAAGAAGCUGCCACUUACAGCGAUGCCAACGAUAAAAAUUGGGCUACAACCCCUUAUCCUGCGAGUGCACCAACGUCUGUCGAAGAGAAGAAAAUAGAUAUACCUAAAGUAGACCCAACAGAAAGAUCAAUAGUACUUUUUCCAGGACAAGGUACACUUAAAGUUGGUGCCGUUCGGAAAUAUUUGCGUUUUCCUGGAGCAAAAGAUAUAUUUGAACUAGCUAAUGAAAUAUUAAGAUAUGAUCUAUUAAAGAUAUGUUUAAAUGGUCCACAAGAAAAAUUAGAUCAAACAAAGUUUAAUCAACCAGCUACAGUUGUUUCAUCAUUAGCUGCAUUAGAACAACUCCGUGAAGACAGGCCAAAAGUAUUUGAAACAUGCAUAGGCACUGCUGGAUAUAGUGUGGGCGAGUUGAGUGCAUUAAUUUUUUCAGGAGCUAUUUCCUUUGAAGAUGGAAUCAGAUUAGUGGCAGUUAGGGGAAAUAUGAUGCAAAUGGCUUCUGACAAAAUAUCUCAAGGAAUGUUAUCUGUCUAUUGUCCUCCACAAAUAAAACUGUCAAAAAUAUUACAAGAUGCUACAGCUUGGGCUAGAGAUUUAGGAGUUCCUGAUCCAGUAUGCAAAGUAUCUGUCUUUUUAUAUACUCAGAGUAAAAUAAUAGCUGGAAAUGAAGAAGCAUUACAAUAUAUAGAAAAAAAUGCCAACGAUGUUGGUCUACAGAAAUUAAGGAGACUUCCAGUUUCAGGAGCAUUUCAUACACCACUUAUGCUACCAGCUAUAAAAAAGUUUCAUGAAGUAUUGAGAGAAAUAUCGUUAGAAGAACCAAGAACUAAGGUAUAUUCUAACUACUCUGGGCGUCCUUAUAGAAAUUCAAGAAGUAUAAAAAAUCUAUUAAUAAAACAAAUUAUCUCGCCAGUAAAAUGGGAACAAUGCAUACAAGGAAUUUAUACGAGACCAGAAGGAACACCAUUUCCAAGAACAUUUGACGUGGGUUCUAGUGGAAGAAUGAAAACUAUUUUAAAAUUAAUUAAUGCAAAAGCAGCAGAGUUUUGUAUAGUAAUUUGAUAAGAAAUUGUAUGUCUAAAAAAAUAUAAACGUUUGUAAAUAA